CAAUAAUGUGGAGUGGAGGAUCUGUUUGUGCUUUGGAGGGAGAAGUUGUGAUUUGUGAGCACCUUUUGGGUAAGUGAAUGUGUCUUUGUAGUUGAAGGAAUGGAGGAUUUGGAGUGUUUCCUGGUGGAGGAGGGGCCAGACAUUUGGCCAGGUUGUCCUGAGUUAGAGAACUCUUUCAGCUCUUCUUUAGAUGCUUGGUGGAAUGGCCACAUGUCUGACUUAGACGGCAAUGAUUUAAAUCUCUCCUCUCUCUUGGAGGAAGGUGACUCGGCCCACACUAGCAUUCCUCGUCUAUCAGUUCUACACACCAAAAUGAAGAACAACAACAACAACAACAACAAUGAGAACAAGAAGCAGAACAACAACAGCAACAACAACAACAAGAACAAGAAGCAGAACAACAACAAGAAGUUAAUGGGUUCCUUGAAUCAGAUGGAUUUGAUUCGUAACUCCUCCCUCUUAGAUGAAGACGAAUCGACCCUCCAACCAUCAUCGUCAAUUGGCUCUAUAAACCAGAUUGAACAACUACAACAACAAUCAAAUGAUGAUGAGGAAGCAGAAGAGGAAGAAUCGGAUAGUGAUGAUAAGAAGGCCAAUGCACCCAACAGUAAGAACUUGGUAUCAGAGCGAAAUAGGAGAAAACGGUUAAACCAACAACUCUUCAGCUUGAGAUCUCUCAUACCAAACAUCACAAAGAUGGACAAGAGAUCUAUUCUCGUCGAUGCUCUAGCUUACCUACAAAGCAUUCUGCAACAAAUUGAGAGGGAGAAGGAGAAUACCAACAUCACAGAGGACUCUUCUUGCGACGAUGACUCCCUUGAUGUGCAGGAAGAAAUCCCACCAAUGCAACCUCAAGAAUUAAUUCCAUGCGAUUCUCUAGCUAUAUCACAGGUUUUGGUUUAAGGUUUUUAUGUUUUUCUUCUUCUUUUUCGAUCUCUAACUCGAACAGGCGUGCAUUGAUAGGAUGGUAUUAACCAUAUUACCCAAGAGACCUAGUGAACACAUCGAUCAAUGCAAACCGACGAACCGAUGGGCCACCUUACUAAUGGGCUAAUAGUAAAGAACUGCAGAUAUUGCAUGUUUCUAACCCUUUGAUCUAUAGGCUUACUGGUUUGGGCUGGUUUGGGGCUAUUUCUCAUCCAAGAAGUGGUCCACUAAUCAAUGGGUUGAAGGGUUAAUAAUCACUUAGUAAAUGGUACCCGACCCAAAUUGCAUCUUGUGAUUAUUCUCUUCUUAGUAGUUAAGGUCUGUAAGUAUAUGGAUAUUUGGUUUUUCUAAAUUGAAGUGGAGAUGUUUGAU